UAUUAAUUAAAUUUGUGUUAAUUAUAUAUACAAAAAUUUUCGAUUUUUUGAAUCGAUUCUUCUAAGAAAAUCGAACAUCCCUAAUUGCUCUUCUUUUUGCUAUCGUGUGUUGGAUUUCGGGUGAUUUCGGUUGAUUUCGGGUGAUUUCGGCGGUGACAUCAACGGUCCGCGCGGAAGUGGGCGGUCUUCCGCUGCGCGUCGCGCGCGCCGCCAUGCUGGUGUCUGUUGGUAGCAUUGCCGUGGAGUCCGUUUGUAGGUUAUGAUAAAUCGACGAUCGCAAUUGUCGAAGCGUGCGGAGGGUGCGGAGUAGGCAGGAGUAGGGGAGUGACGGAGGACGGAAGAGACGUGCGGUCGCGCCCGUCAGCUCUAUCCAGGCCGUCGAGUCCGGCUGAGUCCGGUCGAUCCCGGUUGAAGAGGCGAGACCUCGUGGCCGUCCUCACCAUUGACAAUGUCGGCCUGCCCGAGACUGCUGCAGCACUCGAUGCAACAAGCCAACGGUGACGGGAAUCCGACCUCCCCGCGGAAGAAACAACGAACGUCCAUCCCGGGUUCCCUCUACAAGGUCACGGUCGUCCUGGGCGCCCAGUGGGGCGACGAAGGCAAGGGGAAAGUCGUUGAUAUGCUCGCGACCGACGCCGACAUCGUCUGCAGAUGUCAGGGUGGAAAUAAUGCCGGUCACACGGUAGUUGUAGAAGGAGCUACAUUUGACUUUCACCUCCUUCCAAGCGGUAUAAUCAAUCCAGGAUGCAAGUCCGUCAUAGGAAACGGAGUCGUCAUACAUUUGCCAGGUCUCUUCGAAGAGCUGGAGAAAAACGAAUCCAAGGGUCUGAAAGACUGGAAGGAGAGGUUGAUAAUAUCGGAUCGGGCUCACAUCGUCUUUGACUUCCACCAACAAGUCGAUGGCUUGCAGGAGCUGGAAAAGGGAACGCAGUCCCUGGGAACCACCAAGAAGGGGAUCGGUCCUACGUAUUCCAGCAAAGCUGCCAGGAACGGUCUCAGGAUUGCGGACCUCCUCGGGGAUUAUGACAAGUUCUCGGAAAAGUUUGAGACGCUGGUUGCUUCUUACCAAAGAAUGUUCCCUGCCUUACACGUUGAUGUUAAAUCUGAACUCGAAAUGUACAAAGGAUACGCCGAGCGCAUAAGACCGCUGGUGAAGGAGACCGUGUGCUUCUUGCACAAAGCUCUGAAGGAGGGCCAGAAGAUCCUGGUGGAGGGUGCUAAUGCAGCGAUGCUGGACAUCGACUUCGGCACCUAUCCGUACGUCACGAGCUCCAAUUGCAGUAUAGGCGGAGUUUGCACGGGAUUGGGAUUACCUCCGAGUAUGAUAGGCGAGGUGGUGGGCGUGGUGAAGGCCUACACCACGCGGGUAGGCGACGGACCCUUCCCCACGGAACUUCUCGACGAGACGGGGAAACUGCUGCAGAGCAGAGGCCACGAAAUCGGCGUGACGACCAGGAGGAAGAGGCGCUGCGGCUGGCUUGACCUGACCCUUCUCAAGUUUACAGCGAUGGUCAACGGGUACACCUCCAUAUGCCUGACGAAGCUGGACAUCCUGGACACCCUGGCGGAAAUCAAGGUGUGCGUGGGGUACCGCUUGAACGACGAGGAGAUGGAAUUCUAUCCCAGCAGCGCAUCCGUCCUGAGCCAGGUCGAGCCGAUAUACGAGACCGUGGAAGGUUGGCAAUCCAACACGGAGGUCGUUAGAUCGUUCGAUAAAUUACCGGCCAACGCGCGGAAGUACGUGCGGUUGAUAAGGGAUCAUCUGGAGAUACCAGUUAAAUGGAUCGGCGUGGGAGCUGGUCGAGAAAGCAUAAUCACCCUCUGACGAUUCACCAACGGCGGGUAUUUAUUUCAACGCACCAGUUUUAGCAUAUCGUUAACGUUAAUCGCGUCGCAGUAUUUGCGAUUACGAGCUGGCGCACGCACAACGGGAGCUGCGGCUUAGCGAGGAAUCGCCGUCGAACCACGCAAUGCGUAAUUCUACGUAGAGGCCGUCAUGGCGGGGGAUGUCGGGCUCGACAUCCGCGAUUGCGCGCCCUUACCGAGGUGAGUAGUCCGAUGACUCGAGAGGGAGGCCUUCAACGGUGUUUAUUUAACGAGUCCUAAUUCGUCGAGCGUACGUAUACCAGUCGUAUGUUUCACCACCGCGUAGUGUCCGCCGUUCUAUUCGUGGGAAGGAGGGGAGAGUAAUUGUUCUAAUUUACUGUGAAAUAGAUCGGAACCGUUGUUGUACAAAUACCUGAUAAUAACAAUUGUCUAUUACACCAAA